GCUAGGUUGAGACAGGUGCGCGAAGCAGAGCGCCUGGCACCCGUGGUAGGGCUGGUAGCAGUGCAGAGAAAAGACCGCUUUUAGCAAGGUAUUUCAGGAUCUAUAGACAAGAUGGAAUCAACUCCAUUUAAUCGACGGCAGUGGACUUCACUAUCAUUGAGGGUAACGGCCAAAGAACUUUCUCUUGUCAACAAAAACAAAUCAUCGGCUAUUGUAGAAAUAUUCUCCAAGUACCAGAAAGCCGCUGAAGAAGCCAAUGCGGAAAAGAGGAGAAAUAACACUGAAAAUCUCCCCCAGCACUUUAGAAGGGGAAUCCUGACUGCAUUAAAGAAGAAGUGGGAGAACCCAGUGCUGGGAGCUGAGUCUCACACAGACUCUCUGCGAAGCAGCAGCACUGAGGUCAGGCACAGAGGCGACCAUCCUCCUGCUGAAGUGGUGAGCAGCUCUGCCUCUGGGGCCGAAGCGAAACGAGAGGAACCGGUCCAUCCCAGACCUAGACUUGGAUCACCUGCUGAAGCCCAUAUUCAGAAUCCGUAUCCUCGCAUUGAGGACAGUGAGCAUCUAAAAGACCACUCAACAGAAAGUAAAAAAAUGGAAAAUUGUCUAGUAGGAGAAUCCAGGCAUGAAGUAGGAAAGCCUGAAAUCAGUGAAAAUACAGAAGCUGCAAACAAAAUAGAGAAAUAUAAUGUUCCGCUGAACAGGCUUAAGAUGAUGUUUGAGAAAGGCGAACCAUCUCAAACCAAGAUUCUUCGGGCCCAAAGCCGAAGUGCAGGUGGAAGGAGGAUCUCUGAAAACAGCUAUUCUCUGGAUGAUUUGGAAAUAGGGCCAGGUCAAGUAUCAACUUCUGCAUUCAACUCGGAGAAAAAUGAGACUAGGCGAAAUCUGGAGAUCCCACGCCUAUCAGAAACCUCCAUAAAGGAUCGAAUGGCCAAGUACCAGGCAGCUGUGUCCAAACAAAGCAAUUCCACCAACUAUACAAAUGAAUUGAGAGCCAAUGGAAGUGAAAUCAAAAUUCAUAAGUUGGAGCAAAAGGAGAAUUUGCCCCCAGGUCCUGAGGUCUGUAUCUCCCAUCAGGAUGGAGAAAAGGUUUCUGCAACUGAGAAUAGCCUGGCAGUCCGUUCCACUGCUGCUGAAGUUGACUCCUCAGGUAACUCCCAGGUUAAGAGUGAGGUCCAGCAACCUGUUCAUCCCAAGCCACUAAGUCCAGAUGCCAGAGCCUCCAGCUUUUCUGAAAGUUCUCCUCCCAAAGCAGUGAAGAAGUUUCAGGCACCUGCAAGAGAGACCUGUGUGGAAUGUCAGAAGACAGUCUACCCAAUGGAGCGUCUCUUGGCCAACCAGCAGGUGUUUCACAUCAGCUGCUUCCGUUGCUCCUAUUGUAACAACAAACUUAGUCUAGGAACAUAUGCAUCAUUACAUGGGAGAAUCUAUUGCAAGCCUCACUUCAAUCAACUCUUUAAAUCUAAAGGCAACUAUGAUGAAGGUUUUGGGCACAGACCACACAAGGAUCUAUGGGUAAGCAAAAAUGAAAAUGAAGAGACACUGGAGAGACCAGCCCAGCUUCCAAAUGCAGGGGAGACCCCUCAGAGCCCAGGGGUAGAAGAUGCCCCCAUUGCUAAGGUGGGUGUGCUGACUGCAAGUAUGGAAGCCAAGGCCUCCUCUCAGCCAGAGAAAGAAGAUAGGCCAGCUGAAACCAAGAAGUUAAGGAUCGCCUGGCCACCCCCCACUGAACUUGGCAGUUCGGGAAGUACAUUGGAGGAAGGGAUCAAAGUAUCCAAACCCAAAUGGCCUCCUGAGGAUGAAAUCAGCAAGCCUGAAGCUCUGGAGGAUGUAGAUCUGGAUCUGAAGAAGCUAAGACGAUCUUCUUCACUGAAGGAAAGAAGCCGCCCAUUCACUGUAGCAGCUUCAUUUCGAACCACUUCCGUCAAGAGCCCAAAAAACUUGUCCCCGCCUUUCAGGAAGGGCUGGAGCAUGUCAGAGCAGAGUGAGGAGCUUGCAGGAGGAAUAGCAGCAGGAAAGAAACAAGUGGAAAAUGCCAACACCUCUGAGAAGAAUGGGAGUGUGGGAAAAACAACCUGGCAAAACAAGGAAUCUAAAGGAGGGGACGCAGGGAGGAGAAGGAGUGGGGAAGUUUAUGGUUUUGAGAUGGGUAGUGAGAAUCUUGUAGAAAAUGGUGCAAACUUAAAUGAAGAUGAAAGAAACCUUUUCAAACAGCAGUCUCCACUAGAACCCAAGUCUCCAAAUUGGUCCAGCUUUGCAGACAACACCUCCACUAAAGAAUUCACUACUCAGAAUCAGAAGUCCCAGGAUGUGGGAUUCUGGGAGGGAGACGUAGUCAAAGAGCUGUCUGUAGAGGAGCAGAUAAAGAGAAAUCGGUACUAUGAUGAGGAUGAGGAUGAGGAUGAGGAAUGAUAAAUUGCAAUGGUGCUGGGCCUUACAUUUGUGAUAGUGCUAGUGAGCCACUGCCCUUUAUCAGAGUGAUGUAUGUAAACAGUUAUCUUAGCAUAAACUGGAAUUUAUGCGGAAGUAAUUUUGGGAAACAGUUCUUGCUUUGAAAAAAAAUCUCAUACUGCAGGUUAUCUCUAAAUGCUAGAGAUAACAUUACCUAAAUCCUCUAUUUUAGCCAUGAUGACACACAUAUGUGCUUUAAGGUCUUAUAAAGGAGGAGGGGAAUAUUCCAACUGAUAUAGUCCAGAUUCCACUGUAUUCCUCAAGGGCCAUAUAAAAUAGAUAGAUGAUUAGUAUAGUACAUUGUUACACUAAAAAUUCAAUCAUACAGAAGGAUUUAGAGACUUAAACAUUAUGACUGAAUGCACUUUAGUAUAAAGGGCACAGUUUGUAUAUUUUUAAAUGAAUACCAAUUAAUUAUUUAGUAGUCAACUAUUGAGAGAUCAACUAUUUAGUCUUUUUAAAUUUUUUAGGUUAAUUUUCUUACUCAGAUAUAUAUGGGGAAUUUAUUGCUUUGCAUCCUACUCUCUAAACCACAUCCUAAACUGGAUUCUUGAGAUAUAACACAGCAAUCUUUCUGAAGCACCUGUUGAGUACCUUUGGUGCUUGGAGAGAUCCACAGUCUCCCAAAUAAACUAUAGUAUUUGCCAACAAGUUUGACUAUACCCCAAGUGGUUGCUUUCUUCUCUGGUGGUUAUCUGUGCUUUUCAUAAUUUGCUGAAAAAUUCAGUAUUUUAAUAAGAUCUUUUAUUUUGCUGUUUGCCAUGUUGCAUCUUAGAGCAAAAUGAGUUUAAGAAGGAAUAACAGAAGAAAAAAAUAACGCCUUAAACCACUUGAGCUCAGACCCCCAAAUCCUAUGAUAUCCCCUUUCUGAGACACUAGUUUUUUCAUUGCUGUCAGCUCUGAAAUGUAUUGAUUUUUAUGGCAGACAGUAUUCCCAGGGUACAAUUAAACCAAUUGUAGACCUUUUGGUGGGGGGGGUAAGGGGUGGGGUUCUAGUAUUAAGGCUUUGGAACAUUAAAACUUGAGUAUGUUUGUUGUACAUAAUUGAUACUCCAAAUUAUAUGUGGGGAAGAGAGGUGUUUUAAGCUAUAGAUAGGCUUUUCUUUGUAGUGCAUUUUUAGAGAUUUAGUUCUAAUAAUUUUUAGAGAUGUAAAAUAUUCUGCUUUCUUACAG